AUGCCGAGCGAGACGGACGCACGCGCCGAGCGCUCCGCUCCCGAGGCAGCUAAUGCGCUUCUGACAGCUCCAGCGGACAGGGCCGCGUCCCUGUACGCUAACGGGGUCGAGUUGAGUACAUCAGUUUCACUACCGAGUGUUUCUGAUAGUACUCCUCCCCCAACGAGCGUCGACCGUGCUCACGCCUAUCGCGUCACUCGCGAAAGUGAAACCGCGAUUUCGAUCUCUCGCGAGUGUUGUGCGUCGUUGCAGCAGCCGCUGGAGACGUCCGUGGACGCCCCCACAGCGCAGCAAGACAGCGACGAAGCACUCCAGCUUCUGGUGAGUCUCAUGCCGCACGCAGCCGCUGCACCCCUCGGAGUCGAUUCCGAUAGCGACGAAGAGGAAAUGCAGACAGAGCAGACGCCGGCAGGCUCACAAGCGUCAACGUCACGUGCCUCGAGGAAGAGGCAGAAGUCUGACGACGACUCCUCAGCCCCGGACACGCGCAAGUUCCGCAAGGAAUACGCGCAAAACGGCACCAAAGCCGGGACAAAAACUCUCCGCCGCACGCCGAAGUCCAAAGUGGACAAUGACGGCUUCGUAACUGCAACGAAGACCGCAAAAGCCACACGACAACCCACAGCAGCACCAGUAGGCACGAGCAACAGCUUCCUAGCACUUAGUGACUCGGAAGACGAGGAGCUGACACUGCCACCGCCGCAGCAGCGUCGCGCACUGCCGCCGCUUAUAGUAAAGUUCGAUGGCCACUUUCGUGAGCUGCAGAACGCUCUGAACUUACUGAUUGGCAAGGACAGCUACACCAUCAGCGCGGCAGGCGAUGACCUUCACAAAGUGAAGGUGAAAACCACCGAACACUUCGUAAAGGUCAGCGAGGAAUGCACCAGACGGGGCUGGAACUUCUACACCUUCAGCUCCAACAGGAAGAAGCCCCUGAAGGUUGUAUUCCGCAAAAUACCGCGCACCAUGAAACCAGAAGAGUUGAAGGAAGAUCUGGAACAAAUGGGCUACUGCGUUGAAGAAGUCAUAAGAAUGAAACUUCAUCGCACCAAGGGACGCAACCCGCUCUUCCUGGUAAUUGCAAACAACACGGCGGAAAACCGGAAGCUUUUCCAACUCAAGCGGAUAGGCAACUUGGAAGUGUGCGCUGAAGUGCUUCGCAACAAAGCUGCAUACGCUCAGUGCUAUCGCUGCCUGGAACUCGGCCACUCGACUAAGUACUGUGGAAUGCCCGAGUAUUGUGUUAAGUGCGAGGUUGCACAAAACACAAAACGUUUGCGGCUCGCGCCCGCGGAAACGAAGCGCAGCAGCGAAGAGUUUCAGCGGGAACAUCGCACCCACGUGGAGCCCCAACGCACAGCCACAGCCAGACAAAGAGGAAACGCGGCCGUCGAGGCCGCGCAUCCGGCCGAGCACAUUCCGAGGCGGUCGUCAACCUCGCCCAGCAGCGAGGGAACUCCGACGCCCGGAACAAAGAGCGGCAGCCACCCCGCAGGCGGCCGCAGAACACGCCACCAGCAACGGAGCGCGAUGGCGGACAGGCUCCGCCCGCCGCCUCACAGCAGGUACAAGCACGCCAUCACGCAGCACCGGCCGCAGCCAACCAGGCCGCAGGCCCGCCUCCCCCGCCACAGCGCGCCGCGCCAGUGGCGGCCCAGCCGCAGGCAGUUCCCCCGCCUGCGCCCCUACCUCGGCAAGCAGCUCCUACCACCGCGCCUCGCCGUAACGGAGCGGACCAAUCAGCGCCGCCCGUCCCGGACCGGUCCAGCAUGGCCGACUUCCCCGAACCGCGAUGGCGCCGGCAGCGGCCAAUCACCGGCCAGCAGCCUGCUGCAGCAGCCCACACCAACGGCGGCCAGCAGCCCAGCGGAAACCAGGCCACGCGCGACGGCCAUUCUGUCGGGCCCCGACAAAAUGGCGUACACACCGUCCGCCAUGAUGUCGGCCCCCGACAAGAUGGCGACCGCAUCGACCGUCUCCUUGACACGAUGCAACUAA